CAAAGCCAUCAGCCGCAGCACAGUCAGGCUUUCCAUCUAUCCCACACAACUUCUUGUCAAGUUCAGUUACCACCAAACAAAACACUAGAAAAGGAAAACUCCAUGUCGAAUGAAGAAGACAAAAACAAGACCUCUGAGCCACCCAAGUGUUGUGAGCCCAGGUGCUGUGAGCCCAGGUGUUGUGAACCCAGGUGUCAACCAAGCUGCCUGAGGAAACUUCUGCAGAAGUGCUCUGAGAAAUGCGCCCCACCCUGCCCAGUCAAGUGCUGCCCACCACCAUGUCCUCCUCCUUGUCCACCUAAGUGCUGCCCACCUAAAUGCUGCCCACCACCAUGUCCUCCUCCUUGUCCACCUAAGUGCUGUCCACCACCAUGUCCUCCUCUGUGUCCUUGCCCUCCAAAAUGUCCUCCUCCGUGUCCUCCUCCUCCACCAUGUCCCCCACCGGAAUGAGGACCAUUGGGCAUCAAACUCCAACAUCAACACCGCCAGUAUCAUCAUCUCUGUCCAUCUUAGGGGCCACCUGUAAACUGAAGCCAUGAACUGACAAGUAAACGUGUUUCUCUGCUGUGCAACA